CAGAUCCUUCCUUCCUUUUCAAUUCCACACUUUCCCUAUAAACCCCAAAACCCAUCACUUUCUCUCUCACUCACUCACUUCGUGUUUUCCGCUUCCAUCCUCUCUCACACCAACGCCACCAUCUUCUUCCCCUUCUCUCUCUCUCUCUCUGGUGAUCAUGGCAUCAAUGUCCACUGUGAACGUUUCCCCCCUAUCCAUGUUUCAAACUGCAAGCCGCAAUCAAUCAACCAGUGCUGCUACCACAGUGAAGUGCCCUUCCUCUUUUGGGUCGACAAAGAGUGUUUCCAGGUCUUUUGGCUUGAAGUCAUCCUCUUCAUAUAGAACGACUGCAAUGGCCGCUUACAAGGUUAAGCUAAUCGGACCAGAUGGAAAAGAGGACGAGUUUGAUGCCCCGGAUGAUGUUUACAUCUUAGACGCAGCAGAGAAUGCUGGAGUUGAACUCCCUUAUUCGUGCCGCGCUGGAGCAUGCUCUACUUGUGCUGGAAAGAUUGUUUCUGGUUCAGUGGAUCAGUCUGAUGGCUCUUUCUUGGAUGACAAUCAACUUAAGGAAGGCUUUGUGCUUACCUGUGUUUCCUAUCCAACCGCAGACGUUGUAAUUGAAACUCACAAGGAAGGAGAACUUUACUGAGAGAUGGUGCCUUGAAAGUUAAAACUAUUGCUUGAGGAAAUCCGUAAUUUAAGGUAGAUUUUGCAGCUGAUUUGGUUGUUCUGCUUUAUAAUCAGCUUUUCUUAUGGCAUUAUUAGUUAUUUGUGAUGAUGGUUUUUUGUUUGUGCAAGCAAGCACUGUAGUUUUUAGAUAUGAUAAGUUUGGCAUUUGAAUGUGAUCAAUGGUGUCAUUUUAGUUAUGAACGACAUAAUCAAUCUUUGAUGAAAUUCAGUUUCAUGCA